AUGACAUCAAAGUCCAUAGAUUUGAAGACGGACAUCCCACACACUGUAAAAUUAACAACUAAUGACGCUUACACUUUUGAUGAGAAAAUAUCACAAUACUCAACUCAAACAGGAAAAGAACUUAUAUUACAUCAAGCGGUUGCAUCGGAAAUGGCUAGCAUUCAAGACAAGCGGUUUAAUGAUUGCAGUUCUGAAAGAUUUAGCAUAGUAGAUUCUAAACCAGACGUAAUACAAUCUAAAUCCGUCGAACUUGAUGGCAACCAAAUGGCUCCCAAGCAGACUACUUCCGUCGAUUCUCGCAGAGCUCUGUUGGAAAGACCCGUUACCAGGAACAUUGAAGCAAAGAAAUUCUUUUCGGAUGUGCGUCGUAAAGUUUUGGAGUUACAUCGCGAUCUAUCAGGAAAACAAGGAGUUCAUUCGAUAAUAUGUAUGAAGGCAGCGGGGUUCCACUAUACUAAUAUCCGAGAUACCGCUCGAUGCGAUCGAUGCCAACUUGAAGUAUCCGAAUGGACACUCGAUAUGAAUCCAUUUUCUAUUCAUUCAGACCGUAGUCCGAAUUGUCCAUUUGUUCAUUCUCUGAAAGCACCAAACUUUGGAUCUCAACUACUUCCAUCAUCUGUAAUGGCUGCUACACUCCAAAUACCGGCUAUCAAUAUAGAUGAAUCAGAGAAUUCUUGUAAACGUCAAAAGCUAGAAGUAUCCAGCGAUAAAGUUCAGAUACAGACGCUUUUCGAAACAGAACUAAUAAAAAAAAUACGCCGUCGCACUUUCUCGCAUUGGCCUCAUAAGAAGUCGCCAUCUCGAGCACAAAUGAUUGAAGCUGGAUUUUUCCACUGUAACGUCGGUGAUCGCGUGAUAUGUUUGUACUGUAAUCUCAUCUGUCAGCAAUGGACGCCAAAUGCAGAUGAUCCAUGGUUAGUACAUAAAACUCUAUCGUCAAAAUGUCCCUACGUAAUCGAUGUGUUAGUACGUCGUGGUACCACAUCUCUAGUGAUUCUGAAUGAAAAUCCUUCGAGCAAUCAGACAUCAUCAGUAGCAGCUACCGAAGGAUUUCGUUCAAACGGCAUUGUAUCCACUACAGCUUGCCAUAGCACAUAUAUGGAAAUACCGAGACGAUAUGCAUCAUUUGCUAAUUGGUCCAGCGAGCAGUUACCAAAUAUUGAUGAUCUUGUUCGAGCAGGAUUCUUCUAUACUGGUAUAAAUACGAUUGUGACAUGUUUUUAUUGUAAUGGAUCACUUCAGAACUGGGGUCCUAAUGAUAACCCAAUGAUAGAGCAUGCAAGAUGGUUUCCUCAUUGUGCCUAUGCCAAGCAACUUUGUGGCGAUGACCUUUACCAAAAAAUCCAACAUUCAAAACGAUUGACUCAAGGUUAG